AGAUAUUCUAAAACAUCCCUCCUGAAGAGCUGGGCCAACGUCGAGAAGCGGCUUAUAUCAAUGAUACCCACCUUUUUCACCAUAGCACCUUAAUUUUUGUGUUCACUUACUUUAUUCUUCUCUUUAUGUCUCUCUCUCUCUCACCAGCCGUCAUUUCAUUGGCCUUUUUGCUGCUUCACGACAUGCAUCUCGCAUCUCAGGUCACACAAAUCACAUCUCCUUGCAUAACAAUUUGUGGGUCAGAAUCACUAGGAAGGGAAAAGGGCAGUUUUUUACAGUCUCUAUCUUUUGCUUUGUCAGCACAUGCAUACACGCGUAACUCGGAUUCAUUAUUCGGAGCAUGGUGGGAGAAGGGAAACACGGGGGGAGCAAGGAAAAUUGGCGUUUUAUGGGUGUUGUAAACGGAGCAUUUUUUUUGUUACUCUUGCAUGUUGGAUACGAGGCGAGGUUUUGGUAGAUGGCAAGACGGAGAUAAUGCAUGCGUAUGUAUAUAUGAAUUGAAUUUUAAUUAACAAUUCCUUCUCGAAAUUGUUCGUACAAACAUGACCAUUCAAAAUGAAAUCAGCAACCAACCCGUUAGU